AUGUAUGAUGAUGUCCAUAUUAACUUCACUCCAGAAGAAUGGGCUUUGCUGGAUCCUUCCCAGAAGACUCUCUACACAGAUGUGAUGCUGGAGACCUACCUGAACCUCACUGCUAUAGGUUACAAAUCAGAAGACAAUAAUAUUGAAGAACAUCUUCAAAAUUCUAGAAUAUAUGGAAGGCAUAAAGGAAGUGUUGCCAGAGAGAAACCCUAUGAAUAUAUUCAAUGUGAUAAAGCCUCUACACUUCACAGUGCUCUUCAAUGGUAUGAAAGAAUUCACUCUGAAGAUAAACCGUAUGAAUGUGGUAAAGCCUUUUUUUACCACAGUAAUCUCCAAAACCAUAAAAGAACUCAUAAUGGAGAAAACCCCUAUGAAUGUGAUAUAUGUGAUAAAGCCUUUUCACAAACGAGUAAUCUCCGACAGCAAAAAAAAACACAUUCCAGAGAGAAACCCUAUGAAUGUAAUGAAUGUGGUAAAGCCUUUUUACAACCAUGGAAUCUGCGAAAGCAUAAACGAACACAUUCUGGAGAGAAACCCUAUGAAUGUAAUGAAUGUGGUAAAGCCUUUUCACAACACAGUACUCUCAAAAACCAUAAAAGGACACAUACUGGGGAGAAACCCUAUGAAUGUAAUGAAUGUGGUAAAGCCUUUUCACAACACAGUACUCUCAAAAACCAUAGAAGGACGCAUACUGGGGAGAAACCCUAUGAAUGUAAUGAAUGUGGUAAAUCCUUUUCACGACAGAAUCAUCUCCAGAGACACAAAAGAACACAUACUGGGGAGAAACCCUAUGAAUGUAAUGAAUGUGGUAAAUCCUUUUCACGACAGAGUCAUCUCCAGACACAUAAAAGAACACAUUCUGGAGAGAAACCCUAUGAAUGUAAUGUAUGUGGUAAAGCCUUUUCACAACAUAAUCAUCUCCAGAAACAUAAAAGGACACAUAUUGUGGAGAAACCUUAUGAAUGUGAUCAAUGUGGUAAAGUCUUUUCACAACAGGGUCCUCUCCAGAAACAUAAAAGAACACACACUGGAGAAAAACCCUAUGAAUGCAAGGAAUGUGGAAAAGCCUUUGCAGUUUUCUGUACUUUUCAGAAUCAUCAAAGAGUUUUUACUGGUGAGAAACCCUAUGAAUGCAACUCUUUACUGUCUAGUAAAGUUUUUUUAAAACAGAGUCAUCACCAGAAACACAAAAUAAAACAUAGUCUAGAGAAAUUGUACAAGUGUAAUCAAUGAGGUAAAGCCUUUGCAGUCCAGAGUUAUCUCCAAAUACAUAGAAAAACAUAUAUUGAAGAGAAACCCUAAAUAAGAAGUGUGGUAAAGCCUUUUCACAUGGUAGCCAUAUAAUACCUAAAAGAACAUUCACCAGAUAGA